AUGGGUGGCUGCUACAGUAACAAUAAUAAAAACUAAGAUGAAACAAGCAUAAUUGUUUUUUUCUUUUUGAUUAAAGAAAAUUUUGAUAAACUCAAAAAAAAUUUAGAAGGACUAUGUGAUAUAUCGGUUAAUUAAGUCUCUAUAUUUUCUACUUUAUAAAUUAAUCAACAGAAAAUAUUUAUAUCUAAUGGUUAAAAUUUAUCUAGCAAAGAAGAAUUUGAUUUAUAUCUAUAAAGUUGUAAUUUAGAAGGAGAUCUUAAAUAAAUUUUUGUGAUGAUUGAUCUUGAAACUUAAAGAUAAUUUUAUAAAACAAAGUUUUUUGAGUUCAUUUGUUAAAAUGAAGAUUAUGCUGCUUUCAUAACUUUCAUUUUACUAAUAAAUUAUUAUUAUAAUGAAAUUCCAGUUGAAGUAUCGAAUAAUUUAAGAAAUUUUGGAAAUAUUAUACCUUUUGAACUGAAACCUAAUUCAAAGGAUGAACUUUUAAAAUUAUAAAAUUUUUAAAAAGGUCCUAAUAUUAAGUUUGAUUAUUAAAUUCCAUAAUUUAAAGAUCAUCGAAUUUUUGUUGAAAAGUAUCAUUAAUAUUUGGAUUAGUUACAUAAUACUUUGAGUUUUCAAAAUUAACAUGUUAAACAAAUUGAUGAGUUAUAUUAACUUUUGAUUAAAAUCAGAAAUCAAUCAUUAUAUGAAUGCUCAAAAUAAGAAGAUGGAAAAAUGUCAAUUCAUUGGAACGCAAUUUCAUUAAAAUUUAACUCCUAAAUCUUAGAUCUUAUUGAUGAUUUUACUAACGCGAUUUUAGAUAAGAUUGGAAAUCUUUAAGAAAAAUUUAAAUAAUUAAUUGUAUGUUGUAAAUAAUGUAAAAGUAUAUUUUUUUGUUAACAGUAAGAAGAUAAUAAUAGGAUCCUUAGUUAAUUUUAUAAUACAUUUUAGAAACGUUGUUCAAAAUGCAAAGUUCCUUAUGAAUAAAAUUAAAAAGAAGUUAAUUCAAAGCAUAAUUUCAAACUUUAAUUACUUAAAAUACAACCAAUCUCAAAAAAAUUAAACUUAAUAAUAGAGAAAAUACCAUCCAAUAAAGAUAAGAGGACAAUAUAAAAAUAUUAAAAUGAGGAAUAAAAAUCAAUCAAUUAAGUGAUAUUAGAUACUAAAUAAAAAGAUAAUUAACAACUUGAGAUUACAUAAAGUGAAGAUUAAGAAAAACAAAUUAUUUUAAUAGGAAAAAGUGGGGUUGGAAAAACAAUUAUAUUUAAUAAAUUAUGUGAUUGUGUGUAAAAAUCCUAAAGAAAUUUAGAUAAAAGUUAAGUGAAAAAAUCAAAAUGUAAAAAUAAUUUAUUUUCUGUAAUUGAUACGCCAUCUUUUGAGCUAAAAAAUGAGGAAUAAUAGUUAGAUUAGGAAUAAAUAGAAUAUUUUGGGAAGAUUAUAGUCUCAAGAAAAAUAAAUUAGAUCUUUAUUGUUACCAAUCAUGAUCGAAUAGAGACAAUGAAAAAGAAAAUUAUGGAUUGCUUCAAGUAUCUUCAUAAAUUUAAAUCCAAAAUAUCAAUUAUUAUAAUGAAUUUGAACACAAAUAUGGAUGAGACUAAUAUCCAGAGUGAUUUAACUGAAUUAUAAUAAGCAUUCUAGGUAUAGAAGUGGUUACAUUUUAAUUUAAAUGAUGAAGAAAAUUGUUUUAUUGAGUAAAUAACGACAUCUAUUGAAUCUACAUCCUAAGACUUUUUAGAUACUCAGAAUACCUUUUUUGAUAGAGCAAAGAUGAAAUUAACUGAAUCUUAAUUUUAGUAAAAUCUUGAAUAGAUUAAGUAUAAAAAAUUGUUAGCUCAAAAAUAAGAAGAACUUGAAAAAAUUAAAUAUAGAAAAAUAUAAAAACAAGAGCUUUAAAAAAAAAAUAAAAAGAAGAUCGAAGAACUGACCAGUUAUAUGGACUAUCUCUUUUAAGAAUUAAAUAAAAUUUAAAAAUAAUUCGAUCUGAACUUUUAAUAGAAAAAAAUAAUUGAUUAAGACAAUUUCCAAGUAACAUAAGAAAUAUCUGAAUCAGAAUAGCAAAUAUUUUAAUUGACUUAUGAGAUACAACAAAUUGAAAUGAAAACCAGAUAAUAUUGA